GCGCUUCCGGGUCACCCUAACGCCGCGGUUUCCUCCAUCCGCUUGGUUGUACUUUAUCUCUGAAUCCGCCCCAUGUCCUGCUGUGUGGCCUCUGCCGUCUUUGGACAGAUUGUGAAGACUGCUGAAGACGAUUUACAAUCCAGCCACAUAGUAUAACAAAGAAAUAUUGAUCCUCAUGGAAGAAGAACAAGACUUACCAGAGCAACCAGUGAAAAAAGCUAAGAUGCAGGAAUCAGGAGAGCAAACCUUAAGUCAAGUAAGCAACCCUGAAGCCAGUGAUCAGAAACCUGAAACUUCAAGCCUUGCUUCAAACCUUACCAUGUCAGAGGAAAUUAUGGCAUGUACUGAUUACAUCCCUCGCUCAUCCAAUGAUUAUACCUCACAAAUGUAUUCUGCAAAACCUUAUGCACAUAUCCUCUCAGUUCCUGUUUCUGAAACUACUUACCCUGGGCAAACUCAGUACCAGACACUACAACAGUCUCAACCCUAUGCUGUCUACCCUCAGGCAACCCAAACUUACGGACUACCUCCUUUUGGUGCAUUGUGGCCAGGUAUGAAACCUGAAAGUGGUUUAAUUCAGACUUCAUCUCCAAAUCAACACAGUGUUCUUACCUGCACUACAGGGCUAACCACAAGCCAGCCAAGCCCAGCACAUUAUUCUUAUCCCAUUCAAGCUUCAAGCACAAAUGCCAGCCUGAUAUCCACUUCAUCUGCAAUUGCCAAUAUUCCAGCAGCAGCAGUUUCUAACAUCUCAAAUCAGGACUAUCCCACCUAUACGAUCCUUGGUCAGAGUCAGUACCAGACCUGCUAUCCCAGCUCCAACUUUGGAGUCCCAGGCCAGACUAACAGUGAUGCUGAGAGUACCACGCUAGCACCAGCCACAUACCAGACAGAGAAGUCUAGUGCUAUGGUACCUGCGCCUACAUCACAGAGACUUUCCUCUGGAGAUCCUUCUGCAAGCCCAUCUUUAUCCCAGACUACACCUAAUAAAGAUGCUGACGAUCAGUCCAGGAAAAAUAUGACUGGCAAAAACCGGGGCAAGAGGAAAGCUGAUGCCAGCUCUUCCCAGGACAGUGAAUUAGAACGGGUAUUUCUUUGGGACUUGGAUGAAACUAUCAUCAUUUUCCACUCCCUUCUUACUGGGUCCUAUGCCCAGAAGUAUGGAAAGGACCCAACAGUAGUGAUUGGCUCAGGUUUAACAAUGGAAGAAAUGAUUUUUGAAGUGGCUGAUACGCACCUUUUUUUCAAUGACCUAGAGGAGUGUGACCAGGUGCAUGUAGAAGAUGUGGCUUCUGAUGACAAUGGCCAAGAUUUGAGCAACUAUAGUUUCUCAACAGAUGGUUUCAGUGGCUCAGCUGGCAGUGGCAGCCAUGGUUCCUCCGUAGGUGUCCAGGGAGGUGUGGACUGGAUGAGGAAACUGGCUUUCCGCUACCGAAAAGUGAGAGAAAUCUAUGAUAAGCAUAAAAGCAACGUUGGUGGUCUACUCAGUCCCCAGAGAAAGGAAGCACUGCAGAGACUAAGAGCAGAAAUUGAAGUUUUAACAGAUUCCUGGUUAGGAACUGCAUUGAAGUCCUUACUUCUCAUCCAGUCCAGAAAGAAUUGUGUAAAUGUUUUGAUCACUACCACCCAGCUGGUUCCAGCCCUGGCCAAAGUUCUCCUAUAUGGACUAGGAGAAAUAUUUCCUAUUGAAAACAUCUAUAGUGCUACUAAAAUUGGUAAGGAGAGCUGCUUUGAAAGAAUUGUAUCAAGGUUUGGGAAAAAAGUCACAUAUGUUGUGAUAGGAGAUGGACGAGAUGAAGAAAUCGCCGCCAAACAGCACAACAUGCCUUUCUGGAGAAUCACAAACCACGGAGACUUGGUAUCCCUUCACCAGGCUUUGGAGCUUGAUUUUCUCUAACAACUGGAAUGAAGAACCUUCCGUCUGAGCUCCUUUUCACUCCUGAAGGUUGCUAGAGACCAGAACCAACUGGGAACUUUUCUCUCCCUCUCUCUUUCUCCUUGGAAUGCUGGCGAGAUCACAAUCAGAACCAACAGCUGCAAGGGACCAGGCUUAUUUUUGCUAAGAAUGAGCUGUAGUCCCUUGUUCAUCCUCGUACAGAAGGAGACAGUUGAGAGAAUAGACUCGCUGUUCAGAAAAUAGACUUACUGCAGCUACAGUGCUUUUAAUGCUUCUGAUUUUUGUUUCACUGUAUUAUAUUUCAAAAAAAAAAAAAAAAGAAGAAAAAGUAAAGGAAAUUAUUUGGG